AUGUUCGCCAAAAUUAUGCUCGUUGCUCUGUGCGUGGCUGGUGCCCAGGCGGGUCUUCUGCCCUUUGCCGCUGCACCUGUUGCUCCAGUGGCCGCCGCUGGCGUUGUGGCGCCCUAUGCCUCCAGCUUCAAUGCCCAUCGGAUUAACCAUGCUGUGGCCUACCCGGUAGCACCACCCGUGGCGCCCGUUGCUUUGGCUGCACCAGUGCCGGCGCCAGUUGCUUUUGCUGCACCGCCCAAGGUCGCCUUUGCUGCUCCUGCCUUGGCACCAGCUCCAGUUCCAGUGCCGGCUGCGCUGCCCGCUCCGGUGGCUGCUCCUCUGGCUGCACCGCUGCCCGCACCACUGGCCACGCCUUUCGGCUUUGCUGCGCCCGCGCCUUUGGCUUUUGCCGCGCCCACCAGAUUUGGUCUGCCAGCUGCUGCACCUUUCGCUGCACCCGUGCCGGCUCCUCUGGCCGUGGCACCCAGGUUCGCGCCCGCGCCCUACUUCUUCUAG